ACAGUCAUUAAAGUCGCAUGCCUAGAAGUACAGCAGCUGACGAUUUAGAGUAGCUGUGUUUAAACUAAGCUGUUAACUAGCCAACCGAAAUAAGCAGCAACAAGAAAGACACGUAAAGACAUGGUGCUUCGCUUCUAAUAUUUUUUUCUACAUUUUUGUGUUAAAAUAAUGAAAAUGGGUGCGCUCCAAAGAUGUUUAUCCAGCGGUAGCGGAAACGGCCGCGGGGUGGCGAAGAGCAAGCAUCAUCCCUCCAUGCCCGCUGAAUAUCCCCUCAGUCCCAGCACCUCUGCAGCGUGAAUCCCUCCCUCCACAUCAAAGAUAUCCUCUCUGGACACGCAGCUGGACCAACGUUACUAAUUUCACUGGGCUACACUUAUCUCCAGCAAAGGUAACUAUGCUGGUGGAGCCUGAAUGCCAUGACUGCAUAGAUGAUUUGGUGUUCAAGAUCUUGCAAGCAAAGGACUCCACCGAAGGUUCCUGAUUGUUGGUUUUAAGGGUGUUUACCUACUUCUGGUUACACUUCCUGGCUUCUGCUUUUGCUCAGCAUUUCCUCAUCCCCUCCUUAAAGGCAGGAUGUUUGUAGCUUUUGCAGAACUCUGACCUUACUGAAAAAAAGGGCAUCACGAGACUUUUCACCAGUGAACUGAGUUGUCACACCAAGACAAGAUACUUGGCCUUGAAAAGGGCACCUCUACCUCACCCUUAUCCCCCUGCCCUGUACCAUGCUGGGUGCACUCUUGCUGCGGAGGAACAUGUCCCAGAAGCUGAGUGUGCUGCUGCUGGUAUUUGGGUUGGCAUGGGGAUUGAUGCUGCUGCGCUACACCGUGCAGCAGCCUCGCCAUCAAAGCAGCGCCGAGCUACGCGAACAGAUUCUGGAGCUCAGUAGGCGAUAUGUGAAGGUCCUGACGGAGGAGAACCAGAAUGCGCCAGGAGGGCCACAGGGAACGUCCAUGGCAGGAUACGCUGACCUGAAGAGGACCAUAGCUGUUUUGCUGGAUGACAUUCUGACACGGCUGGUUAAACUGGAGGGGAAAAUCGAACUGGUGGCAAAUUCCUCCUCAACAAACACAUCCCACUCGGCAGCAGCGGGUGUCCCUGCUGGCCUGCGGAAAGCUUCAAAGCAGGAGUCAGCAGGGAGCCAUCCCGGGAUGCCACGUCUUUAUCCACACCUCCCUAGAAGACCUCGACCGCACUAAAACGGAGCUCUUUUCUCCUGAAGCACCUAUACAUCACUGCUCACUGGUGUAUCGGCAUCAAGUGAUCAAGUAGCAAUAUAAACAUAUAUAUAUAUAUUCAGUGCGGUCGGAGAAGGACAUGAAGCGCUUCUUUGUUUCCCAACUUGUCGUUCUACAUUCAGAUUUUCGUGUUUAUGUUUUAUAUUUGCAUUGCAGAAUUUAUUUCUGUUUUUUUUUCCUUAUCCUUGCAAAUUUGACUGUUAAAAUAAAUGCAAAUUUCAAAGGAAACCAAAAAAAAAAAAGCUGAAAAAGGUGGUGAGAAAUUUGCCUAAAAUAUCUCACACUUGCAUUAUAAAUAGGUUUCCAGUACAGCAUCAGCAAACACUGAGCUCAACCAUACACUCAAGAACAUGAAGAACAGCUGUGCUUUAGUGGUUCAGAAGGCACGGUUAAGAAAGAUGACUAUUUUAGCUUGUGAUCAUUACGCAUUAAUAAAGUUUGCUCUUAAGAAUAACCCAAAGAAUAGAUUUUUAGCGCUUCAUUCAAGGCAAUAUAAAUGUACAUGUUUUGUUGAAGUAUGUGUAGAAUGAAAUGUCUUGCAACUGUAAACAUCUGUCUGAGUGUGUGGGCUUGCCAUAUCUGUUCAAAUCUAAUGUGCCGUAGAGCUGUUUCAAUACGGAUCAUGAAGAACAUUGAAUGUACCGCGCUGUCUGUGGAUCUGAUUCGUUCAGGGUUCAUAUCGCACUGUGACUACAGAGACUUCUUUAAUAUACCGAGCUUAUCUUAACUUUAGCUUCAGGAAUGUUUAAAGGGGAGUGGAAUGUGUUGGAAUGUUCCUCCGAUUGCUCUGUGUAAUGCUGAUAAACUGGUGGAAUACCAGUUGGCUCAUUCACCGUUUUGAUAGAGGUGAGGGUUUCUCAAACUGACAUCAUUUGGGAGUUUCGUGUGAUUAAAAAGUCAGUGUGGGUGAAAAUUGUAAUCAAAGAAUUCUUCACUUUAUUUUGUUGCUUCAAAUUUAGUCACCUUGAUCUGAAGAAGGUUUUAUUCAGUGGUGUGUUGAGAGUGAUGCUGUAAAAGCCACAGGCUUUUUAUUUUUGCUCAAUUUUAAGUAGAAAUCAACCUUUUCUCUUAUGAAUCUGUUUUUGAAAUCGUCCACAAUAAAAAUACUUGCAGGUUAUUAACUUAUUUGAUAGAGCACAAACACAUCUUCCUUGAUCAUCUGUUUGCAAACUUCUAAUAAUUUGAGUGGAUUAUUUAUGAGCUGAACAGCACAGAGCGGCACAAGACUGUAAAACAGGAGGAACAUGUAUAUCUUGUUUUCAAAAUAUUAAAGAAACCUGAAAUGACCUGCUUUUGCAUUCACUUCCCCCGAGUCCAUAAUUGAUUAAAUCACAUUUUACUACAUUUACAGUCAAAGUAGCUUCAUGAAUCAUUUUAGCACAUGAAUAUUUCUUGAUCCUUUUCAUUCUCUUUAUAAGACUGCUGUGCUGCUUGUAAGUGCUCUAUCCAUCUUCAUCUGAUCCUCUUCCACGUCUGGAUCUCCACAGUAUAAUCCCGCAUCUCCGUGUUUUACCAUGGGGACGGUGUGUUGAAGCGAUCUGGAGUUAUUUUUCCCAAUAAAGCGUAGCAUUUAGAUUGGAAAUAAAACUACUAAUCUGACCACAAAAGCCUAUGGCCCUUAUUGGUUCUACAGUGGCUCCUUAUCGU